AUGUUUUCUCUGUGCAAGCAAACGCACCCUCCCACAGCGGUGGAACAUUCAGUUUGCUGUAACUUCUUUAAUCGCAAUGAAAAGUCGCUGGUCGUUGCCGGCGCGAACGUGCUCAGAGUCUUUCGACUGCUCCCAGACAUCGACCAUAAAAAGAAAGACAAAUAUGGGGAAAACCGACCUCCGAAAAUGAAGCUGGAGUGUCUAGCCAGCUACACCUUGUGGGGGAACGUUGUCUCUUUAUCCAGUGCAACACUAGCUGGGUCUGCAAGGGAUGCCCUGCUGAUCAGUUUCAAAGAAGCUAAACUCUCUCUGGUUGAGUACGACCCAGACAAAAAUGAUCUCCGCACCUUAUCCCUUCACUACUUUGAGGACGAUGACAUGAGGGGUGGCUGGACGCAGAUGGAACAAAGGUUGCCCGCCAUCAGGGUCGAUCCUGAGAACAGAUGUGCGGUUAUGCUUGGGUAUGGGCGAAAACUCAUCAUCUUGCCAUUCCGCAAAGAGCUGUCUCCUGAGGACUCCGAGUUGAUGCAACCUUCAAGCAAUGCUGAUGUAAAGCCGAUGUCUCAGCACUUAAACAACUCUGCAAACGCAUCAAAGUCGCCUGUGCUUGCUUCAUAUUCGAUUGCAUUGAAGGACUUAGACGAAAAAAUGGACAACGUAAUUGAUGUCCAAUUUUUGCAUGGCUACUAUGAGCCAACCAUCCUCAUUCUCUUUGAGCCCAUCAAAACAUUCGCAGGUCGAUUGGCUGUAAGGAAAGACACUGUCAGCAUGGUUGCUGUCUCUUUGAGUCUCAACACUCGCGUCCACCCAACCAUUUGGUCCAUUUCUGGGCUGCCACACGACUGUUUGCAAGCAGUGCCCGUCAUGAAGCCCCUUGGAGGCACUCUCAUUUUGGCUACAAACUCGCUUCUCUACCUCAACCAGAGCGUUCCCCCGUACGGAGUUGCAGUCAAUUCCGUUGCUGACACCUCAACCAAUUUUCUAUUGAAGAAUCAAGGUUCACUUAAUCUGAGCUUAGACUGCGCCCAGGCUUGUUUCAUCGCGAAUGACAAGCUAGUCGUCUCGCUACACGGUGGCGAGCUGUAUGUUGUAUCCCUCCUAGCAGACAGUAUGCGAAGUGUGAGAGGUUUCCACUUCGAGCGAGCAGCAGCUAGUGUGCUGACAACUUGUAUUACCUUGUGCGAGGACAAUUACCUGUUCCUUGGAUCACGGCUGGGCAACUCCCUGCUUCUCCGAUACACUAUGAAAGAUGAGGUUGCCUUGAAUGGCCACGAUGAAGAGGAGGAAGUUACUAUUUUAGAUGAUAAGCAAGAUGAUUCUGAGCCGCCCUCAAAAAAGAAAAAGCAUUUGGACAAUUUAGGCGAUUGCAUGGCGACUAACGUAGCUGAAUUAAAAGAUCCUGAAGAACUUGAGGUGUACGGAAAGGAGGACAAGGCCUCGGUGCAGAUCACAUCUUUUUCCUUUGAGGUGUGUGACAGCUUGCUGAACAUUGGGCCAUGCGGGAACAUCUCCAUUGGCGAGCCUGCAUUCCUCUCGGAAGAAUUUUCGACCACUGUCAACGCUGACCUUGAACUGUUGACCACCGCAGGUCAUGGCAAGAAUGGUGCUUUGUGCGUGUUGCAACGUUCAGUGCGUCCGCAGGUAGUGACCACCUUCGAGUUGCCUGGCGUGUCAGACAUGUGGACAGUUGCUGCUCCUGGCAAGACAAAUGCGCCCCUUGAAGAUGGUGUCGAUGACGUCGAAGCGGGCCCAAUGCACGCGUUUCUCGUGCUGUCCCGCACUGACAGCUCGAUAGUGCUGCAAACUGGACACGAAAUCAAUGAGGUGGACAGCUCAGGAUUUAGCACACAAGGUCCAACCGUCUAUGCGGGAAAUUUGGGCAACAACAAAUACAUUGUUCAGGUUUGCCAAAUGGGAGUUCGUCUUCUCCUUGGAGUGGACCUGCUGCAACACAUUCCCUUGGACUUGGGCUCUCCAGUUGUGCAUGCAUCAUGUGCAGACCCUUAUGUGGUGUUGUUGUGUUGUGACGGACAAGUUGUGCUUCUCACUCUCAAGGAGGCUCGGCAGCCAUCAUUGACACGUCUUGCAGUAUCAAAGCUUUCGAUUGCCUAUCGUCCGCAAGUGACAGCACUUUGUGCGUAUCGAGAUGUGAGCGGGCUUUUUUGUGGAGCAGUGCCAUACGCUGAAAUCGACGAUGAGCCAGACCAGCCUGAUGUAGAGGCACCUAUAUUUGAAGCAAAGAAAGAAUUAGACGACGAAGAUGAGCUUCUCUAUGGCGAUUCAGAUAUGCCAAUAGUGAUGCAGCCACCGGCUCCAGAGCCGGAGCAGGAUGCACCCAAGAAAAAUACCCUUUGGUGGCAAAAGUACCUGUCAGAAACCAAGGCUUCCUUCUGGCUGCUGAUGACCAGGGAAAACGGCACGUUGGAAAUCUACUCUCUUCCGGAUUGCAAGUUGUGUUUCUUGUCUAAGCACGUUUCGUCUGGGCCCAAAGUGCUUGUGGACAAUUUGGAAGUGGUUCCUGUUGCGUCAAAUUCGUCGUCAGCAAGUUCUGAAGCCCCAACUCCAAUCGUCCGCGAGCUGCUGGUGGCUCCGCUGGGACAUUUGGGCUCCAGGCCGCUCUUAAUGAUACGUCUGGAUGAAGAGCUUUUACUCUACCAGGCGUUCUACUAUGCCAAAGGACAUCCAAUGCCCAUUCGCUUUAGCAAGAUGAAUCACAACGUAUACCUCAGGGAGCGAAAGCCAAAAUCAAAGAAGAAACAGGCUGCUGAGACUCAGGCAGAGACAUCUGAGAUGAGCGUAAUGUCACCAGAACCGGUCAACUGCCAACUGCGGUACUUCCGAAACAUUGCCAGCUACAACGGGGUCCUUGUGUGCGGUGUUUCACCCCACUGGAUCUUCCUGACCUCCAGGGGUGAGCUCAGGGCACACCCAAUGCACAUAGACGGACCCAUUCCUUGCUUUGCGCCCUUCCACAAUGUCAACUGCUCACAAGGCUUCCUCUACUUCAACAACAAGUCUGAGUUGCGGAUUUGCGUUUUGCCAACACACCUUUCAUACGACGCACCGUGGCCGUGCAGAAAGGUGCCUCUGCGUUGCACAGCGCAUUUCGUAGCCUACCAUUUGGAGAGUAAAACCUACUGCGUUGUGACAAGCAUCUCUGAGCCCUCAAGCCAGAUUUUCAAGUUCAACGGGGAAGACAAGGAAUUGGUGUCUGAAAAGAGGAGCGAGAGAUUCCCAUUGCCGUCGGUGCCCAGAUUCAGUUUGCUGCUUUUCUCUCCUGUUUCAUGGGAGGUUAUACCUAACACGAAAACGGAACUGGACGAAUGGGAGCACGUUUCAUGCUUGAAAAACGUGCGACUCGCGGACGAAGGCACACACUCAGGGCUCAAAGGCUUCGUGGCGAUCGGAACGAAUUAUAACUACGGCGAAGACAUCACCAGCAGAGGAAGGAUUUUAAUAUUCGAUAUAAUUGAGGUCGUGCCAGAGCCAGGUCAGCCGCUUACCAAAAACAGGUUCAAGUCGCUGUACUCUAAGGAGCAGAAAGGUCCGGUUACUGCAAUUACACAUUGUAGUGGGUUUUUGGUGUCGGCAGUGGGCCAAAAGAUUUACAUUUGGCAAAUGAAGGACAAUGACCUUGUUGGCAUCGCCUUCAUAGACACGCAAAUAUACAUCCAUCAAAUGUUCUGCAUCAACAGCCUCAUUCUGGUAGCUGACGUGUACAAAUCAAUAUCACUGCUCCGUUUCCAGGAGGAGUACCGAACGCUCUCGCUUGUCAGCAAGGACUUCAGACCGGCUGAAGUGUACUCAACUGAGUUCUUGAUCGACAACUCUCAAAUGGGCUUCCUCAUUUCUGACCGUCAGAAAAAUAUAGUUUUAUACAUGUAUCAACCUGAGUCGAGAGACAGCUUUGGAGGCCAGCGUUUGAUUCGAAGAGGAGACUACCACUUGGGGCAGCAUAUCAAUUCAUUCUUCAGGGUCAGAUGCCGGUGGCAGCCUGACAACUCAGCUGAGCGGAAACUUCCUGCUGCUUCGGAGAAGCGACACUUGUCCAUGUUUGCAACACUUGAUGGUGGACUGGGCUACGUUCUUCCACUUCCUGAGAAAACGUACCGGCGGCUGUUAAUGCUGCAAAAUGUUAUGGUCAAUCACAUGCAGCAUGUCGCGGGACUCAAUCCUAAAGCGUUCAGGACCUUCCGGAAUACAACCAAAGUGCUAGGGAAUGCUGCGAGAGGCAUGGUAGACGGGGAACUGGUCUGGCAGUAUUGGCAUCUACCCAUUGGAGAGAAAUGGGACGUUGCGAAGAAAAUAGGCACAAAAGUGGACGAUAUCCUGGACGAUAUGAUUGACAUUGAAAGACUUGUUGCACAGUUUUAAAAAUUGUGAAAAUCAUUUUAAUAUCUAACAAUAAAGUUAAAGUAUUUCGCAAAA